AUGUUUACCAUCUCGACCACCAGCACUGACAAUUCGAAAAAGAUCAAGAACGACAAGGUUCUCGAAAAGGAUCUCAAGGCACUCAACUCUCUUUUCAUCAACAAACGUCUCUUUAUCAAGAUUCACAUGAUCUACAAGAGAUACAUCAAUACCCAGCCAGGUCUUGCUUUUAUCGAAUUGGCCAAGUUCUACAACAUCAUGUACACCUCUGAAAACUGUUCCAAACUCUUUAAAGACACCAUCAAAAAGACAGAGUACAAGGAAGGUCUCGAAAAGAUCGGCACCAUGUACGACCCAUCCAGAGAAAUUCAACCAGAACCCGAAAAGCCCUCCUCCUCUUCACCUUCUACCGCUUCUCCCAAUCAAUCUCCUGCUCCAUCUCCUCAAAUCGUACCUAAACCAUCAAGUAGUGGUUUCUCUAACUUUUUGGGUAGAUUUGGUAAAGAUAAAAAAUAA